CAGUUUGCUGAUCUUGAAAUAGAAUUAUGCAAAGAAACAUGUCAGAAACCAGACCCAGAUAAGUUAAUAUUUGGACACACAUUCUCAGAUCACAUGCUGGAAGUCAAGUGGGACAUUGAUAAAGGUUGGAGUGCACCUAAAAUUUGUCCUUUUCAUGAUCUGACCAUUCAUCCUGCUUCUAAAGUGCUACAUUAUGCUUCACAGUUGUUUGAAGGCUCGAAAGCCUAUAGAGGAUACGAUAACAAGGUUCGACUGUUUAGACCAGAUCUGAAUAUGGAACGAAUGAAAAGAACUGCUGAAAGAUCUGCUCUGCCUACAUUUGAUACAAAUGAGUUGGUAAAAUGCAUCAAGAAGUUGGUUGAAGUUGACAAGGACUGGGUGCCUGCAUCACUGAAGAGUUCACUGUACAUCCGACCUACCCUCAUUGGAACUGAGCCUUCAUUAGGUGUGAACAAAUCAAAUGAAGCCCUACUGUAUGUUAUCACAGGGCCAGUGGGACCAUACUUUCCUACCGGAUUCAAACCCGUUUCACUCCUGGCUGACCCUCAGUAUGUGAGGGCCUGGGAAGGGGGUUGUGGCGCUUUUAAAAUGGGAGCAAACUACGCUCCAACAGUCAUGAUACAAAGAGAUGCUGUGGCACGGGGAUGCCAGCAAGUCCUCUGGCUCCAUGGGUCUGAUCACCAAAUUACAGAAGUCGGUACCAUGAACUUUCUUAUGUAUUGGGUCAACAAGAAUGGAGAGGAGGAACUGGUGACACCUGAUCUGGAGUCAGGACUGAUCCUACCAGGAGUCACGCGACAAUGCAUUCUUGAUCUGGCUAGGGAAUGGAACACAGUGAAGGUCGUGGAGAGGAAGUUGUGCAUGGAAGAGCUGCUGGAGGCCAUAGAAGAAAAACGGAUAAAGGAGUUGUUUGGGGCGGGAACGGCGUGCGUGGUCUGCCCGAUUGAGAGCAUCCUAUACAAGGAUCAGAAGAUUUUUGUGCCCACUGAUACAAGUGACAAAGCUCUGUCUAUAAAAUUUUACAAUGCAUUACAUGAUAUACAGUAUGGUAAAGUUGAACAUCCAUGGACAACCUUGAUAAGCGAAACGUAA